UGGGUCGACACAGUGUGAGUUCUUGGCAGACGACUUCAACAGUCAAGCAGGACAUGGAGGUUGAGGAGGUACGUCACCACAUCGCUCCCGGGGCGGAGAACACCGGUCGGGGAGUUCCUACGAUAGUGUUGGCAGUAGUGUCCUCGGGUCUGCUGUCGAGUGGUAUCUGGGCGGUGUCUGGCUACUCGGUUGUAAUCCUCCCGCAGGUCAGGAACACUAACGCCACCUUCAUCCUCUCACCGUCCCAAGCCAGCUGGUUCGGUAUAUGGUUGUCCCUUGCUACAUUGCCACUGUUCAUGUGUAUCCCGGGGUCUCUGCUGGGGGGGAUGGUGGGGGAAUGGGCAGGACCUAAACGUCUCAUGCUAGUACUCGCUCCUGUCCUUGCCUUCUUCUGUAUGAGUCUUCAUGUGGCGUCCUGGAAGGUCAUUCAGCGAGCAGGGGCAGCCCAUGCCUUCUUAAUGGGUAUCAGGGUAAUCCAGAGUAUCAUCGUGGCGGUGCUUGUCCCAGCAAACACAGUGUAUAUUAGUGAGAUAACCGACGCCCGAAACCGUGGCUGGUUGGCUAGCCUAGCGGAGGCGUGGGUCACCUUGGGCUUCUUACUAUGUUACUUAAUAGGCAACUACCUCCACUGGUAUACGGCCGCCUGGGUUCUCCCCUUGAUCACCACUGUACCAAGCUUCUUCUGCCUCCUCAUGGCCCCUGAGACACCACCUUGGCUCAUCAGGAAUGGAAAAAUAAGGGAAGCAAAAUUUUCUCUCCUUCAAUUGCGGGGGUCACUGGUGACCGCGGAAAAGGAGUUAAAAGAGCUGAGAAAGUGUGUCAGGAAAGGAAAUGACUCGUGGUAUCAUUCACUGCUUUUACUAAAGAGAAAAUCAAACCUCAUACCUUUGAUAAUAUCUUUACUUAUAGUAGUACUAAAAGAAUUGUCUGGUCUUUCCGUUAUGUCAAUAUACAUAGUGAGAAUUUUCCAAUUAACAGGUGUAGGUUUUAACCCGUUUUGGAGUUCAUUUAACGUCGGAUUAGUUCGUCUUGUGUUUAACUUAAUUGGGUCGGUUCUGUUACACCACUUACCGCGCAAGUUUCUUCUUAUCGGUGGAGCCCUCUUCUCCUCAGUGGGCACAAUGGCAAUUGGGAUUUUCUUUUUCCUGCAAUAUAAAGGGUGUGACUUGAUGCAGGUAAUUUGGCUGCCACUGGCGGGCAUGAUAGUAUACAUACUUGGCAUUUCAGCGGGCGUGCAGCCUUCCAGCUGGGUGGUGGCCACAGAAAUACUCCCUGGACCUGUGCGUUCCCUGGGUCUAGGUGUCUCUGUUACUUGUUAUGCCAUCUCUUCCUUCUUCGUCUCUAAAACCUUUGAGGAUGUACAAAAGAUAUUGGGGCUACAUGGUUUAUUUUGGUCCUACACUCUUGGCUGCUUGACGAACGUCUUAUUCGUUGCUUUUUUUGUACCAGAAACGCGUGGAAAAUCUCUGGAAGAUAUUGAAAAAACCUGGGCACGGUCUUCUGAGAGUGUACAAAUAAAAGUUCCAGAUGAAGAAAUUAGAUUUACUCAAUAAGUAUAUGUGUAGUGUGUGAAGCAAUCUGAAGAUAGUAGAUGAGGCUGCCGGGCUGCCGGAGAAACCAAAAUAAUGAUGAUGACUUCAAUUUCCAACAGUGUUCAUUAUGGCUGCUAGUCCCCGUUGUGUACUUUGUAGUCAUAAUUGAGGAAAAUAUUCCCUUAUCAUGGCCAGAAAAGUGUUUUAAAGUAUGGUAUAUACACUACAGUAGUACUUAUUGUGUCCUCAGAACUAGUAAAUUUAUGAACACAAUUUGUUUAUCUCAGUUACUGCCAAAUGGGAGGCGGCAUUUCUCAAGAUUUGUGUUUACGACCAACCAUUUGUAAAUGUCUUAGCUGCCGUGAGAGGAUUUCAAAUGUGGCAUAGACAUAGCUACUGAGUCUAGUGAAUACCCAACAAAGUCCACAGUUACACGAGCAUAUUAGGCGAUGUCAGAUUUAAAGCUUCAGGGACGUAUGAAUACCAACCCAAAACACUGCAGUUUCUCGUUUUCUAUGAUGUUUCUCAUUUUCUACAAUGUUUCCCCACUUUUUACAAUGUUUCCUGUUUUCCAUGAUAAAAUGUCCCUUUUUCUAUGAUAAGUUUCCCAUUUUCUAUGAUAAGAGUUUACCAGUUUACCGUUGAGGGUAGGAGGGUUUAUUUCUCCAGCAACAAACCAAUAACGCUCCUAUGAGCGUUAACACUAACCAACACCUAAACUUGUUCCAUUAUACUUACUCUUAGUCUGUUCAUCAAUGUUAAGUAAACCCGGUCCCCCGUCUUGUGUUUUCUCUCAGAAUUGAAAUUUAAGAGUUUAACUAAGUACUUUCAGAAUAACACAUUACCACCAAAAUCUCAGUUUGGAAAACCAAUGUUGGCGGAUAAUUAUCAUUGAAAAAUGUUAUUAAACAUUCCAAACAUCA